CCCGUUUUCCGUGAAACUGAGAAGGAAAAGCUCUGUUGUUGUUUUAUUUUAACAUUGUCAGAAAGCCCAUGCACCGCGAGCUCCUCUCACAGGACUCUCACAGGAUGCUGUCGAACAACCCUCACCUCGGGCACAAAGAGGCAGGCUGCUUGAUUUUACUCUCCCUGUUCCAUAUCACCCUUUCUGCUGGCAGCUCAGGAAAAGACUCACAGAGCCACGAUGAUUUGCAUGUCAUCCACAACAAUCAACUGGACCUGCGAGAGAUAGUGUUCGCUCAGAGUCAAAGCAACUCCUUCCAUGUGAUGCAGGCUGAAAGACGGAGAGCAGACUUACUGAAGCAGGCACACAGUCUCACCGAGAAAACACCGGUGGUUUUGCUCUCUCACAGUUUAUCAGAGAACGAAGGACAUUGGAGUAUCCUUCCUCUGCUGCCUUAUUUAUCGCACUCCUUUGGGAAAAACUCAUCAUGGAUUGUAUUUCUCGAGGAGGAAACACAUGUGAAGAUGACUAAGCUGGUUCAAGUCCUUGCACAAUUUAACAAGAAUGAAGAGUGGUUUCUCGGUAAGCCCCUCCAAGACGAGGAGUCGACCAUCAUUCAUCAUUAUGCUUUUGCUGAGAAUCCCACCAUCUUUAAAUAUCCAGACUUUGCUGCUGCUUGGGCCGUAAGCACCCCCCUUGUUGUACGGCUUGCAAACAAAGUGAGAGAUGAGCCACUUAAAUCUGACUUCACCAUUGACCUGAAACAUGAGGUCGCCUUGUAUAUCUGGGACAAUGGGAACGGUCCUCAUCUCACGGCUGUCCCUGAGCUGUGCACUGAGCCGGAGGACUCCCCUCAGACCCGCCGCUGUGCCACCACUCUGAGCACCGAGCCCCCUCUGUGUGGGGAGCCUGUAAAUACAGAAGAUAUAUUUGUUGCUGUGAAAACGUGUAGGAAGUUUCACAGUGAAAGAGUUCCAGUGAUAAAGAAGACUUGGGAAAAGGAUGCCUUCUUUUUAGAGUACUACAGUGACUACGCUGAUCCUUCAAUACCAACUAUUAAUUUAGGAGUUCCAAAUACCGAGAGAGGCCACUGCGGAAAAACUUUUGCAAUCCUUCAAAGAUUUCUUAGCGGCGCUGUCCCGGACACCAAGUGGCUCCUCGUCGUCGACGAUGACACACUUAUCAGCCUCUCCCGACUGCAAGUCUUGCUGAGCUGUUACAACCCGUCUGAACCAGUGUGUCUAGGGGAGCGAUACGGCUACGGCCUGAGCCAAGGCGGCUACAGUUACAUCACGGGAGGUGGAGGUAUGGUGUUCAGCAGGGAGGCUGUGGUCCGACUUCUUGACAGCGGCUGCAAGUGCUACAGCAAUGACGCACCGGAUGACAUGGUGCUGGGAAUGUGCCUCAAUGCCCUCGGACUUCCUGUCACACACAGCCCACUCUUCCACCAGGCACGCCCAGAGGACUAUGCCAGAGACUUCUUAGCACACCAGGUGCCCAUCUCCUUCCAUAAACACUGGAACAUCGACCCCAUUGCUGUUUACAACAAAUGGCUUAAGGAUGACUUGAGGCCGAGAGCUUCAGAUGGACUUAAUGACAACGCUAAGACGGAGUUAUAAUCAGUGUGUGUGUGUGUGUGUGUGUGUGUGUGUGUGUGUGUGUGUGUGUGUGUGUGUGUGUGUGUGUGUGUGUGUGUGUGUGUGAUGAAGUCAUGGCACUGAAACUGUCCUUCACAGAUAUGUUUUGGUAUUGUUGGUGUUGAACUGUUGGGCCGUGCGAGCGCGUGUCCAUGACUUAAUCUGUGAGUGUCUUCAUGGCUGAGAUGCAUGUUGAGGUUACUGUUAUUUUGGAAAUAUGGAUAUAAUAUGUGUAUAUUUAUAUCAUAUGAAUAUUCUGAACUUACAACGGAGAAUCUGCUUCUCUGGGAGAUACUGUAUCUUAAAAAAAGGGUCACUAAUGCUGUACGAUGUGCUCUAUUUUGGCAUAAAAGUAUAGAAUUGAAUUGUUUUUGUUUCGCUAU